AGUCGAUGGUUCUUCUCUUGGUCGCUUUAAUUAGUUGCAGAUAAGGAUUGUAUUUAUGUAAUUAUUUGAACUGCCUUUUCUAUCAUCUUUUGUUUGUACAAAACCGUUAUAAUCGGAUUUGUUCUCAUUAUCAAGUUUAAUGACUAAUAUCAAAUCUGAACAAAAAGAAUCAGAAGAGCUUGUGCUACCCAAUGACAGACCACAAUAUGAACAGCGGGUAACAAAGCAGCCAACUUCCGGAAAGUAUAUUAUUAUUACAAUCACACUCAUAUCGAUUAUAAUUGUUGGAUUUGGACUUGGAUUGUGUGCCCAAAUUUAUUUCCAGGCUGAAAGUGACGUGUUACCAAUUUGUGAUAAAAGAAUAAUUGGGUAUUAUUCUGGAUCAGGAACUUCCAAUAUUACAAGUACCCAACUUUCCAAUUUAACACAUACAGUUUUUGCAUUCGUUUAUAUGACCCCAGAUGGAACAUUGCUUUUUAAUAAUCAAAUUGAAAAAAAUCGAUUUUUGAAAUUAAAAGAAGUUGUUCGAAAUGGAAAUUCUAAAAUCAAAUUGAUGUUUUCCAUAGGAGGAAAAGACAAUUCAAAAUAUUUUUCAUCAGUUAUUCCAAGUGAAGAAAGAAUACAAACAUUCAUUGAAUCUAUUUUGGAAUUUCUUGAAGCUUACGAUCUUGAUGGUGUGGACUUGUUUUGGAAAUGGCCGGAAGAAGAAUAUAGAGAUGCCUAUUUUGCAUUUAUAAAUCAACUGAGAAAAACAUUUGAAGCCAAGAAAAAAUACUAUAUUUUGUCCAUAGUAAUACCGCCGCCUACAUUAGAUGGAUGGGGAAAGAAACGAUUAAACAAAAUUAUAGAAAGUGUGGAUUUCAUUAAUGCUUACUCAACAGACUACUAUACUCCAUUAGCUGAUAACUUGUCAGAUGACAUUGCUGGUCCUUCAGCACCAAUUUAUUUUGGAGCACAGGGAAAAAGUGAACGGAAUGUUCAUCACACUGCAAGAAAUUACUCAUGUCUAACGAAGCAAGCUAGUAAAUUCAACAUUGUAAUUCCAUUCUACGCAACACUAUGGGAGAAUGUUUAUGAAACUGUUCUCGAUUCUAAACGAGGUGUCUAUAGACAUGUUGCACCAUUUUAUGGAAGAACUGUUGGAAAAACUUAUUUGUCUCGAUUGGCUGUAAAACAAGAAGGUUUUCAAGUAGAAUCAUAUUCGUAUGAUCCUGCACCAAGAGCUGCAUUCUCAUAUAAUAGAACAAUAGGAAUAUAUCUAACAUUUGAAACAAAAGAGAGCAUCAGAGCAAAAAUUGAUUAUGUGAAGGAUCGGAUUCUGGGUGGAGUAUGGAUAUUUUCAGUGGAUAUGGAUGAUGAAACAAAUAGUCAAUUGAAGGCGGUUUCCUUUGACGGGUUUUGUACUAUUGGAAAUGGAUCUAAAUAUGAAUGUGUAUAAUGCAUGAUUCAAUCGAAAAAUUAUCAUUGUAUGGUGUAAAUAAAAUGUUUAAAUGUAA